UGGUCUCUGACUUCUUAUGAGAGGAAGGGUGAGAGCUAUGGUUAUGCUUAUAAUAAGUAUCACCAUAUGGAGCCUCUUCAUGUCGAAGAAAAAUUGACCGAGAAGACGUUGCAUCAAAGAUCGCCUUACCAUGAUGCUUAUGAGGAGCAAGCAUAUACUAAGCCGGAAUGGUGGUUUCCGACGUCACAUGAGAUGAAAGAUGAGAGCUAUGGCUAUGCGUAUAAUAAGUAUCAGUACACGGAACCUCUUCAUAUUGAAGAAAACUCGACUGAGACAAUGUUGCAUCAGAGAUUAACUUAUUAUGAUUUUGAUGAGGAGCAAGGGUAUCCUAAGCCAGAACGGUGGUUUUCAUCCUAUGAUGCGACAAAGGACCAGAGCUGCAGCUAUGAUUAUAACAAGUAUAAUAACUACAUGGAGCCUCUUCACAUUGAAGAAAACUUUAUGGACCCGAUGUUGCAUCAGAGAUUGACAUAUCAUGAUACUGAGGAGCAUACGUAUCCCAAGCAAUCUUCCUAUAGUGAGUUUGGGGAGAACAAUUUCCAUGUGGAUCAUCAGUAUUCAUGUGAAAGGCCCACCAAUGAACAGCCCCUUUCUUUUGAACUUGAACCAUACAAGCCAACUUGGUCCCAGAAUCUAAAUCAUCAGGAAUAUUAUGGCGGGGAAUUGUCGCUCCAGUCUUUUGUGAGUAUUAACCCUUACAUGCAUGUAUUUGCAUAUAAUUUUCUCAUCAGUUUUGGUUUAGACUUUAGACUUAUACAGAGCUUUUUGUUUGGUUUGUCUGGAAGAUGCUUUCAUGCUCUCUUAUUUUGUAGAGUGUUUUGGCAUUUCUGUGCCUUAAAAGUUCUUGAUGGUUACCUGUCAGUUUGUCACAUUUGUUAUAUAUAUUAGAAAUAUACUCAUUAUCUCACUAUCAGUCUGAUGAAUGUAAACAGACUUUCAUAAGUUUUUAUUCAUUCAUGUUGUAAAUCAAUAACAUUGCAAGAAGCGUACUUUUGUUCGUUGUGAUAAGCGUUUCUCCUUGUCUUCUAAGCUAAUACAUUGCAAAAGGCUUUCUCUCUGUAAAUAUUAUAAGCAGA